UGUAUUCACAUGUAAAGACUAUACUAGUUGACGUUGAAUGUUCAUACCUAUUUAAAAAACUAUACUUAUUGGACAUUUAUAAUUUAUAGAAGUAUGGAAGUGGUUUGAUUAUUCUCCGUGAGCUAAUGGCUACUUACCUAUAAUAAUCAGUGCAUAAAUUCCAACAUGACGGCUCAGUCAACGCAUUUGAUCCACCCCAACAGUGCGAGAGAAUAUCAAAGAUCUACUGCAAAUUAAUUUUCAUGCAAAUUGGCAUAAUAAAACUUCAUAAGCAAUGAAAUUAAGCACAAGCGAGAUACGUCUAUUUCCAGUUGUUCUUGUUCUGUUUUUUUCUAUAGCAACUGCUUCAGAUAUUAUUAACACCAAUAAAUCCCUGCGAGAUUCAGAAACUUUAGUCUCCAAUGACAAAAGAUUCAAAUUCGGGUUCUUUAGUCCUGAGACUUCGACGGAUCGUUACGUUGGUGUUAUGUUUAAUAUCCAAUCACCAACUGUUGUAUGGGUAGCCAACAGAGAGAAACCUUUACAGGAUUCUAGUGGAAGAGCGACAAUAUCAGAUGAUGGAAAUCUUGUAAUCUUGGACUCACAGAAUGAGAGUAUAUGGUCAUCAAAUAUUUCGCCAGCUGUGAGAAAUUCUACUGUCCAGCUCAGGGAUACUGGAAACUUAGUUCUACAGGACAGCUCCAAUGGGAGAGUUCUCUGGGAAAGUUUUCGGGAUCCUUCAGAUUCGUUCUUGCAGUCAAUGAAACUUGGCGUUGAUAAAAGUACUAACAUGACAAAUCUGCUGAAAUCAUGGAUAAGUCCUUCAGAUCCAUCUGUUGGGAGUUUCUCAGCUGGUAUUCAACCUGAAACUGUUCCGCAGAUUUUUAUACGGAAGAAUGGCAAACCUCAUUGGCGUAGCGGUCCAUGGAAUAAACAGGUUUUUAUUGGAGUACCAGACAUGACUUCUUUCUAUCUCAAUGGAUUUGAUCUAGUAAAUGACAACAAGGGCACUGCGUACGUGUCCUUUUUAUAUGCAAAUCAGGCUGAGUUGGCCUAUUUCACCUUGAACUCAACAGGUUUUUUGCAGCAGAAAUAUUUGAAUCCUAGUAAGAAUGAUUGGGAAGUAACAUGGGAAUUUCCUGCAACUGAGUGUGAUUUUUAUGGAAAAUGUGGACCUUUUGGAAGCUGUGAUCCUAGAAGUUCACCAAUCUGUUCUUGUUUAAAGGGAUUUAAGCCGAAAAAUGAAGAGGAAUGGGCGAAAGGAAACUGGAGUCGUGGAUGCAUCAGAAACGCCAUGUUAGAGAGCGAAAGAAACAACUCUAACCUUGAGCAAGGAAAGCAAGAUUGGUUUUUGAAGCUGCAGUCAAUGAAAGUGCCGGAUUCUGCCAUUUGGGUACCUUUCGCAGAUGAAGAUUGCCACAAGGGUUGCUUGAGGAAUAUUUCUUGCAUAGCUUAUUCAAACCACAUAGGCAUAGGAUGCAUGCAUUGGGAAGGAAACUUACUAGAUGUUCAAAAAUUCUCCACGGCUGGGGCAGAUUUAUUCCUUCGCCUUUCGUACUUUGAGCUUGAUCAAAAAAGAGAAUAUAAAGUAGUCAUUGCCAUCAUAGUCCCAGUAGGCUCAAUAAUUCUUGUCAUUAUCGGAUAUAUUUCCUACAAAUAUUUAGCAAAGCGUAGAGGACGUAAUAGAAAGAGUGAGCUCUUAUUAAGAGAAACAUUGCCAAACUAUUACAAGGAAAACAUGGUUACAGAGGAAAUCAAUCAAGCUAAAUUUGAAGAGCUGCUUGUAUACAACUUCGACAUCUUAGCAAAUGCAACUGAGGAUUUUCAUCUGUCCAGUAAGCUUGGACAGGGAGGUUUUGGUCCAGUUUACAAAGGGAAAUUGCCAGAUGGACAGCAAAUUGCUGUGAAAAGGCUUUCACAGUCUUCUGGUCAGGGGCUAGCGGAGUUCAUGAAUGAGGUUGUGGUGAUUUCGAAACUUCAACAUCGUAAUCUUGUUAGACUUUUUGGUUGCUGCAUAGAAAGAGGGGAAAAGAUGCUGGUUUAUGAAUACAUGCCAAAAAGAAGCUUGGACGCCUAUCUCUUUGGGUCACAGCAACAAGAGGAAGAGUUCCUUGAUUGGAGUAAACGUGUGAUCAUAAUUGAGGGAAUUGGUCGGGGCCUCCUUUACCUUCACAGGGAUUCAAGACUGAGGAUUAUUCACAGGGAUUUGAAGGCAAGCAACAUUUUGUUGGAUGAACAACUGAACCCCAAAAUUUCAGAUUUUGGCAUGGCAAGGAUUUUUGCAGGCAACCAAAAUCAGGCCAACACAAGCAGAGUUGUUGGAACCUAUGGUUACAUGGCACCUGAAUAUGCAAUGGAAGGAAGAUUCUCAGAGAAAUCAGAUGUUUACAGCUUUGGAGUACUGUUAUUGGAAGUUAUAAGUGGAAGGAGGAACACUAGCUUUCACCAAGAUGAUGGUGCAUUAAGCCUUCUAGCAUAUGCAUGGAAGUGUUGGAAUGGAAACAAGAUUGUGGAAUUGGUUGACCCCAAGAUAACUGAUGUGCAACUCGAAAAGGAAAUUCUGAGAUGUGUACAUGUUGGACUAUUAUGCGUACAAGAAUAUGCAGAAGACAGACCAAAUGUCUCUAUGGUUUUGUCUAUGCUCACCAGGGAAAUUGAUGAUUUACCAAGUCCUAAACAACCUGCAUUUACAACAAGACCAAGCCUUUCUAAGAAAGAGUCUCAAGGCUCCGUGAACAAUGUUACCAUUACUAUUAUAGGAGGACGAUAAGACGUUUAAGAUUUUUAUUUAGACAUGAUAUUAUUCUUUCCUCUCUAAUUAUUACUGUUUCUGAUUCUUUUGGUCGUGGUUUAACACUAUAUUACCUCAGUACAUUAAGAUCCAAGAGAAAAGUGUAAACCGUGCAAGUCACUUAUGCUUAAUAGCAGAACCCAUAUCCAAGCAAGAAGAAGCAAAGCUAGACUUCAAACUCAAGAGUACAAGUAGCCUGAACAGGUGUUGCAGAAACUUAGAGAAGCUCUUCCACUUGUGGAUUGAGAUCAUUUAGAGUUAGCUUCGUGUACAGCUGACUCUGAAGCUGAACAACUUUUCUAGGCAAAGGCAUUCUUACAGCGCAGUUAGUGGGUCACUGGAUCAACGGGGAAGCCCGUUGGGAGCAUACAUCAAAUAGACAUCAGAAAAUGCUUGGAACUAAACUCAUGUCAAGCCAAGAAAAUUUGCAUUAUCACAGGUAAUGUACUACAAGAAUUCUUGGGAGUAGUAAGACACAGAGAUGAUAGCAUGUAAAAUUUUCAAAAUUCAUGUAAAGAUUAAACCUUUCCUUAAAAUUGUUACCAUACCUAUUCUUCUGCUGA